GGGUAUGAAAUAUCACAGCUACAUCAAGAGAUUUAUCUAUGAAGAAUAUUUUGAUCCUCAAACUACUGAUGAAUCUACAUUUCUCAAGACUUUGUUUAAUAAUCCAUUCUUUAGAAAAGAAUGUCUGGUUCAACAUCAAAAUACAUGGUGUGAAAUGAAAGGUCUUGUUGAUGAGGUAAUAUAUAAGAGAUUGGAUUGUCAGGUUACAAAUUUAGAUUUUUUCGAUAGACUAUAUAAUCAUGAUAUCCUACGUUCAAGCGGUGCAAUCAUAAAAUCCUUUCCGAUUUACAUUAAUUCAUUUCCAGUAACUGACAAACUUCGCCAGAUCUUUUUAUUACCUCAAUCUUCAAAUUAUGACUUAUUUAAUGAUAAUGACCGUAACGAGUUUAUUUUUCAUGUACUUCAAGGUGUUUGUCUUGGUGGUGAUAUUUGUCAGUUUGAAGAUGAGAUUAAUAAAUAUUUUGAGGUUGUCAAGAGUAUUUAUCGAGAUUUAAUUUGUGUUCAGAGAAAUACAAGCACUGGAAAUUUAAUGGUACAAUCUUAUGUUUAUAAAAUAAAAAACUUACAGGGUACUUCAUUAUUACCACCAUUGUUUCCAAUUUCUGAAAGUAAAGAUGAAAGUAUAGAUAAUGUUCCCUCUAAUAAUUUUUGCUAUGUUACGGUCGAUCCUGUCAGAAGAUGGGUCAAUGUUUGGUACCAUGCUGCUUGUGAAUAUUUUUGUUGA